AGAAAAGGGGAGUUGAAGCGACUAGCAUCUCAGCUACGUAUCUAUCGCUUGCUUUCACUCUAAACGUCGUUGAUUCUAGUCAAUAAAAUACCAGCGCAUCAGUAAUGAACGAGUGAAAAAAGUGUUCUCUUAUCAUCAGGCGUGUGCAUAAUCGAUCAUAAAAACGUUAAAUUAUAACCACGGAAUUUCUACCUAUGGAUAUUUAACAAUUAUGUUGUACGCGAAACGAUGGAGAAAUUCCCGCUGAAGGGUACGGUAACCUCGUCAACGGCAACCUCGUCCUUUGGCCCUGCACAGUUGAGCACAACGCCCACCAUGUAUCACUCUGUCGAUGCCAAGAACGGAAAUGAAGUAGAGGGCGGAAGUUUAAGCGACUCCCGUUUACGACCUACGGGCCUUACCAAUAGGGGAGCGAUAAUUAGUAGCGACGAAGACAUGCAGCAGGACGUUAAUCACCAUCAUCAUGGGACGUCCCAACUCUCUGGGAACAACGCCUAUCUCGACCGUAAUGUCAGGCUGGACGAUGGAACGUCUCACUGUGGGAUUACUUUUUCUGGGAUGCAGGUUUCAGCAGACUCGGAUGACAUUCCCGGUAUCGGUCAGUACGAUGACUUUCACACUAUCGACUGGCAGCGCGAUAUCGCCAGGGAUCGUAUGCGGCAUCGCUAUAUUGUUAAAAAGAAGCAUGAUUCCAUGUGGGACUUGAUCAAGGGAGCCCAUGACGCCUGGUCAGGAUGGCUCUGCGUUUUAUUCGUUGGAUUAUUCACGGGGGUUGCCGCUGGUGUGAUAGACAUCGGUGCCUCCUGGAUGACCGAUCUCAAAUUCGGCAUAUGCCCUCAAGCCUUUUGGCUUAACAAAGAACAGUGCUGCUGGAGUUACAACGAAACUACCUUCGAUGGUGGAAAUUGUUCACAGUGGUGGACGUGGCCCGAAGUAUUCAGUCAAUCGAAGACUGGAGCUGGCUCAUACGUAAUCUCUUAUAUGUUUUACAUCGCCUGGGCUCUUUUAUUCGCUUCGUUGUCAGCCUCCUUAGUUAGAAUGUUCGCGCCUUACGCCUGUGGCUCUGGUAUACCUGAGAUUAAAACCAUACUGAGUGGAUUCAUAAUCCGUGGGUACUUGGGAAAGUGGACAUUGAUAAUAAAAUCCGUCGGUCUUAUAUUGUCCGUAUCGGCAGGCCUGAGUUUGGGCAAGGAGGGUCCCAUGGUCCACAUAGCAUGUUGCAUCGGAAACAUAUUUUCUUACUUGUUUCCGAAAUAUGGAAGAAACGAAGCGAAAAAGCGUGAAAUUUUAUCUGCUGCCGCUGCUGCAGGUGUAUCGGUGGCCUUUGGCGCACCAAUUGGUGGUGUUUUGUUUAGUUUAGAGGAGGUCAGCUACUAUUUCCCGCUGAAGACACUAUGGCGAUCCUUCUUUUGUGCCCUCAUAGCAGCUUUCGUAUUGAGAUCUAUAAAUCCAUUCGGCAAUGAACACUCGGUACUUUUUUUCGUAGAGUACAACAAACCGUGGAUAUUCUUCGAGCUGGUUCCCUUCGUGAUGCUGGGUAUAAUGGGAGGCAUUAUUGCGACGUUAUUCAUCAAAGCGAAUCUGUACUGGUGCCGUUAUCGUAAAACGUCUAAACUUGGUCAAUAUCCCGUGACUGAGGUUUUGGUUGUGACUGUUGCUACGGCCAUUAUUGCUUAUCCAAAUCCUUACACACGAAUGAACACUAGUCAGCUGAUCUACUUACUAUUCAGCCAGUGUGGAGUAUCUAAUGCUGAUAUGCUAUGUGACUACGACAGAAAUUUCACCGACGUUAAUUCUGCGAUUGAAAUAGCCGCUGCUGGUCCGAGAGUUUAUCAAGCAGUUUGGUUGUUAGUCUUAGCACUGAUUCUGAAACUGAUAAUGACCAUAUUUACAUUCGGUAUGAAAGUACCUUGCGGAUUAUUCAUCCCGUCUCUUUGCCUGGGUGCGAUAAUGGGCCGCAUAGUAGGCAUCGGUAUGGAACAACUCGCUUAUAAGUACCCUCACAUUUGGGUGUUCAGUGAGGAAUGUUCGACUGGCGUCGAUUGUAUAACACCUGGUCUUUACGCUAUGGUCGGGGCAGCUGCAGUCCUGGGCGGUGUUACAAGAAUGACAGUGUCCCUGGUUGUUAUCAUGUUCGAAUUAACAGGUGGGGUUAGGUACAUUGUUCCGUUAAUGGCAGCUGCUAUGGCAAGUAAAUGGGUCGGCGACGCGUUGGGGAAACAAGGCAUCUACGAUGCGCACAUUGGAUUGAAUGGAUAUCCAUUCUUAGACAGUAAAGACGAAUUUCAGCAUACGAGUUUGGCUGCGGACGUCAUGCAGCCAAAGCGCAACGAAGCUCUAAACGUCCUGACUCAAGAUUCUAUGACAGUCGAUGACGUCGACACUUUACUUAAAGAAACUGAACACAAUGGUUUUCCAGUCAUCGUUUCAAGAGAAUCACAAUACUUGGUUGGCUUUGUGCUACGCAGAGAUUUGAAUCUCGCCAUAGCCAAUGCGAGACGGUUAAUGGAGGGAAUAACUGGACAGUCUCUUGUCAUUUUCACAAGCGGUAGUAAUGUUCAGACGCAUGGUCCACCGCCGUUAAAGUUGAAGAAGAUAUUAGACAUGGCACCGAUCACUAUCACCGAUCAAACUCCGAUGGAAACCGUCGUCGACAUGUUUCGUAAACUGGGACUCAGGCAAACGCUCGUCACGCAUAACGGGCGGCUUCUAGGAGUAAUAACAAAAAAGGAUGUCUUAAGGCAUGUCAAACAGCUUGACAACGAAGAUCCUAGCUCUGUUCUAUUCAAUUGAAUUGUAUUUAAUUAAAUCGCGAAAUUCUUAAACCUUUUCCUGGUCAUAUUGUUGUUAUUUUUAUUAAUUACAAUUAUUGGAGUGUUUUUAUGCGUGUUAUAACUGACUUCCAGAGCCGUUGCUCCCCGUUAAUGAAUUUUAUAAUCAUAUGAAUUUCUUAAAGUAAAUUGGUCACGUGAUAAUAGUAAUAAAUAGCUAUUUUUUUGUUUCGCCAUUUUUUUUCUGUAUUAAUUUCAACUUCACCAUACGUAGUGGAAAGCUAAAAUUCCAACUGUUGUCUAAAUGUGUUUCGUUAAAUUUUUCGAAUGAAUGAAUGAUAUUCGGUUAUAUAUGUAAUCAUUGUGGACUAGUAAUAAUAGUUCAUUCUUACGAUACGAUUGUUUGCGCUUAACUGAAAUUCUCACCCGUUAAAACUACGUAGUCUUGUCGAUUUUUAUCUGGCAUGCAUCUAUGUAUGUAUGUACGUAUGUAUAACAGCCCGCAAUUGUAUUUUACAGUCAGAGUAUAACUUGAAAUAGCUCAAAUUUUAAAUCAGUUCACCAGUUAAUGCAAUAUGCUAAUUUGCAGGUAUUACCUGAGUUUGCAAAUGUAUAUACCUAUACACACACCGAUAUACACAAUAGACUGUAUCUAUUUGCAUAAUAAUAAUAAUAAUAAUAAACGAGGGACCUUUAUACGAUUCCUCGUAACCCUAAUUAUAUGAGAAUUUUUUUCUCUUCGUUUUGGUUUACUCGAUUAGGUACAUCUGAUUGAAACUAAAAGAAAAGUCCUUCGAUAAAGAUUUACGACCGACGUAUCGCAAUUUCACCGUUACCUCUGUAUGUAAAUUAUAUUUUUCGGUUUCCUACUUAUAUUAUUACAAUACUUAUUAUCAAUACUACCGUUACUGUUGGCCGAUCUGUAUGUAUUCAUAUGUCGUAAGCGUUUUGCUUAGAACGUCACUAGGUCGACCAUUCUGCAUUGGUUAUUGAGUAUAAUUAAUCAAGAUAUAUACCAAAUCUUUGAAAGUAUUUAAACCGAUAUAACGGCGAUGGUGAAUCUGUCCAAAUCUGAG